UGAUUGAAAUCCAAGGGCAAAAGUAGGUAAAGAGUGAAAAUUCUAAAGUGAACAAAGGGUAAUUCUAUGAUGUGCUUAUUUAACAGUUUUGAUUCCAGAAUUCCUCUCUACAAUUCACUGCCGGGCCACUUUUUUCCCUCCAAUUCGAUAUUACUGUAUUUUUUUACUUUUUUCUGCUUUCUCUGAAUUCUUUUUUCAAGCUUCGGUAUGCAAAACGACAAUGUUUCAACCGCCUACGGUGACCUCGCAGCCGGAAAACUGAACCAUCACCAGAAUGGCGGAGUUUACUCUUCCUCCACCGCCAACUCAUCCGCAUCUCUCUUAGCUCUCCAUCAUCCCCGCCUUCUCAUGCAACAGCAUCAAGAUAUGAUCAACCGUCACAGCCUCUGCCUCUCGCGCUUCCGCGAAGCUGCAAAAGAAGCCGAAUCACUCCGCCAAGAGAAUACUUCUCUACGAUCAGUCAACAGCGACCUCAACAAACAACUCAACGCACUGUUCCAAGCCUCUGUUCAGGAUCACUUUGCAUCCUCUGAUUACAACACAACCCCGUUUGAUUUGGAGAACGCGUUGGAAGGACUUUGUUUCGGCGGCGGAGGCGGCGUAGGAGAGGGAGAAGUUUCUGACAUGGAAGGUGAAGUGGAUGUUGAGAGGGUUAAGUUGCCUAAGAGCAUAUCGAUUAGAUCUAAUGGAUAUCAGAAGAUGAUGAGUAAAGCUGGAGCAGCGAGUCAUCGUGGUAAAACUAGGGGACUAGCUCGGACUUCAAAUGCUUCUCAACAGAUCAGUAGAGCUAAGGUGUACGUGCAAGGAGGGAAGGAGGAGGAAGAGCUGCUUGAACUGGAAGUAUACAACCAAGGCAUGUUAAAGACUGAGCUCUGCAACAAAUGGCAAGAGACUGGUGCCUGUCCAUAUGGUGACCACUGCCAGUUUGCUCACAGUGUCGAAGAGCUCCGCCCUGUAAUACGCCACCCUCGAUACAAGACUGAGGUCUGCAGGAUGGUCCUUACUGGUGAUGUCUGUUCCUAUGGCCAUCGAUGCCAUUUUCGUCACGCACUUACUGAACAGGAGAAGUCCAUUGGCCACCUAAAGCCCCAAACCAGGUUCGCUCUUUUGCAUCUUCUAAUUUGGCAGCAUGGAUACGCUAUUUUUUAUGGAAAAUAUAUGUGGAAUAAAAGUCUCUCCAAUCUAGGUAUAGAAUGAUGCUUGGAACACAAUGGAUACUUCAGGGAAUUUGACUUGAAAUGACCCCAAAUGGAAUCCUCCACUCCUUGGAUCAAUCAAGAUGCUAUGGCUCACGACUGCAAUGAAAGUUGAGGGGAGUAUGAGCAAUGGCCACUACAAUAAUCAUUGCAGGUUGGCAACUUUUUGGAACAAAAUUGUUGAGCUGUAAUGGCUGUUGCUAUCUUGAUAGUUCAUUUUUCAACAUCAAUCCAUUUAAAGCAUCAUAUUUUGAAGAUUAAGACAUUUUCAACACUUAUCUUUUAUAUCUCCUCAUUAUCCUGGACUCUAU